AUGGCUGUCUCAGGUCGAAUUCUGCCUUGGUUAAAAGAUGGGCUGAAGCUUACCAAUGUCAGAUAUACCUCAUGUGGUACUGCUGGCAAGCCAUAUGAACAAACAAGAAAAAAUCUGGUCCUAACCAGUGACACCAAAGUAAUAGUCCAAGGUUUUACUGGAAAGCAAGGUACUUUCCACAGUCAACAGGCAUUGGAUUAUGGAACAAAAAUAGUUGGAGGUGUGUCUCCAAAAAAAGCAGGAACUGAUCACCUUGGAAAGCCUGUAUUUGCCACUGUAAGGGAAGCCAAGGAGAAAACUGGUGCCGAUGCAUCGGUUAUCUAUGUUCCACCACCUGCAGCUGCCGGUGCCAUUCUUGAAGCAAUAGAAGCAGAAGUCCCACUCAUAGUCUGCAUCACAGAAGGAGUACCUCAACAUGAUAUGGUUCGUGUCAAGCAUGCUUUAUUGCGUCAAAACAAGUCAAGGUUGGUUGGUCCGAAUUGCCCAGGGAUAAUUGCUCCAGAAAAAUGUAAGAUUGGUAUAAUGCCUGGUGCUGUUCAUAAAGCAGGAUGUAUUGGUGUUGUAUCUCGUUCGGGUACCCUUACCUAUGAAGCUGUCCACCAGACCACCAUAACUGGUCUUGGGCAAACUCUUUGCGUCGGCAUCGGGGGUGACCCUUUCAACGGGACAGAUUUCAUUGACUGCUUAGAGAUAUUCCUUCGCGAUCCCCAAACGAAGGGUAUUAUCCUUAUUGGUGAAAUUGGAGGUAGCGCUGAGGAGUUGGCAUCUGAAUAUCUUAUCCAAAAUAACACUGGUCAAAAGGCGAAACCAGUGGUCUCAUUCAUUGCGGGACUCACUGCCCCUCCUGGAAGACGUAUGGGUCACGCUGGUGCCAUCAUUUCUGGUGGAAAAGGAGGGGCUAUGGAUAAAAUUAAAGCACUGGAAAAGGCGAAUGUAAUUGUAACCCGCUCUCCAGCUAAAAUGGGAGUUGAACUACUCAAAGAAAUGAAACGAUUAGAAAUUGUC